AGCAAUAUAGAAUAUACCUAUCACCGCCACAAAACCAUUUUCUCCCGAAUGAAAAACCCUAAUUCCGGAAAUCUUGGAGGAACCCUAACUUAACAAAAACAAAAAAAAUCCAAUCUUUCUUCUUCUUCUCCAACUUUCUUGUUUGACUCGUCAAACAUAAACCCUCUCUCUCAAUUACAAUAAAGAUGCUGCAACUCCAAUCCUCUGCUUGCUGAUCCACCCGUUUAUGGAGAAACCCCAAACCCUAAAAUCCCCAAAUUCAACCCUAAAAUCCCCAAAUGGCCACAGACGCAAAGCCCAAGUUCCAAAACCCGGACUUCCGCCCGAUUCCGCAGCAGCCCACCGACUACGGCCCACCGGACCUCGCCGCCGCCGCCUCCUCCCACGACGGCCUACACUUCUGGCAGUUCAUGAUCGCCGGCUCAAUCGCCGGCAUGGUCGAGCACAUGGCCAUGUUCCCCGUCGACACCGUCAAAACCCAUAUGCAAGCUCUCGGGUCCUGCCCGAUUAAGUCGGUCGGAAUCCGGCAGGCCCUCGGAUCCAUUAUGAAGAUCGAGGGCCCCGCCGGGCUCUACCGCGGCAUUGCCGCCAUGGGCCUCGGCGCCGGCCCGGCCCACGCCGUCUACUUCUCGGUGUACGAAAUCUCCAAGAAGUAUUUUUCCGGCGGGAAUCCCAACAACUCCGCCGCCCACGCCGUUUCCGGAGUGUUCGCGACGGUUGCGAGCGACACCGUUUUGACGCCGAUGGAUAUGGUGAAGCAGAGGCUGCAGCUGGGGAAUAGCCCCUACAAGGGUGUGUGGGAUUGUGUGAAGAAGGUGUUUAGGGAAGAUGGGAUCAGAGCAUUCUACGCUAGUUAUAGGACUACUGUGUUUAUGAAUGCGCCGUUCACGGCGGUGCAUUUCGCCACGUAUGAGGCGGUGAAGAAGGGGUUGAUGGAGAUUUCACCGGAGCAUGCCGAUGAGGAGAGGCUGAUUGUUCAUGCUACUGCUGGUGCCGCAGCUGGAGGAUUGGCCUCGGUGGUCACUACGCCGCUUGAUGUGGUCAAAACUCAAUUACAGUGUCAGGGUAUUUGCGGGUGUGAUAGAUUUAAAAGUGGUUCGAUUGGAGACGUGGUUCGAACAAUACUGAGAAAGGAUGGAUACAGAGGGCUUGUGAGAGGAUGGGCUCCGAGAAUGCUAUUCCAUGCCCCUGCUGCUGCUAUCUGCUGGUCAACAUAUGAAGCCUCGAAGACCUUCUUCCAAGAACUCAACGGUGGUAGUAGUAACAGUGGCACUGUAACCUGAAUAAGACAAAGGAGAUUUUGCCGUUGCAUUACCGAUAUAUCUGUAUGAUUUACAGUCAGAGUUUGCUUCACACGAUGCUUGAGUAAGCAAGUCCUUAGGAAAUUUUCAGGCUUCACUGGCAAUCUAUUUAAUACACAGGAUUAGUCAGCAAGUCAAAUUCACUGGUGCAGGUUAAGUUGUUUGUAUUGUACCCAUUUGUUGUCUGUUUCAGUAGUAUUUUUUUUCUCCUGCCCGGUGUUUGUCCUAAAAAUUUAAGAGAAAUUUUUUUGUUUAUUUUUUAUGGGAAGGAAAAAAGAAAUAAGUGUUUUGUUAUUGA